CGCUACUCGUAAACAUAUCGUGUCCUCAAUCGUACUCGGGAAUUGUCGGAGCAUCGAAACAGGCCGCCUAAAAUAUAACCUAUUCGAGACAUAUUUUGAGUCACACCGAGUGCCAAGUUUCAAUUUUCUUCGAGAAAAAAAGCUAAAAGCAUAAAAUCAUUCAUAGUUAAUUUAAUUAAUUUCGAAAAUACAAUUCAAUGUUUAAUUAUAAUGGAGGAAAAUGGAAGUAAGAGAAUGAGGGGCAGAGCUAGUCGUGGUCGUGGCCGCGGACGUGCCCGGGGAGGCGGUCGGACUAGAGGAAAGACCAAAAAGCAAGUGAAGGUUAUCGAAAGUGAUGAUGAAGAUACUCCUCAGCAAGCAGACGAUACUCCUGCGGAGACGAUUGGUGGCGAGCAAGAAGAGCAUGAACCUCCAGUGACUCAGCAACCAUCUCUCGAGCAGCAGUUCGAUCUGGAAGCCGACAUAUCGCAAUUGGAAGCGCCAACUUUCACGACUAUUAAUCGGGGUCCACCGGAGCCGAUGCUGCGUUUAAGAUGGGACCAUCGAGUAAAUCUUAUAGGAGAAAAAGUACUGAAUCCUAUGAUACACUGUUGCGACAAGUGUCUGAAGCCAAUUCUUAUCUAUGGACGUAUGAUACCUUGCAAACAUGUAUUUUGCUUAUCAUGUGCUAAAAGAGAAGACAAAGUCUGUCCUCGUUGCAUGGAGAAAGUGUCCCGAGUGGAACAAACUGGUCUGGGUACUGUAUUCAUGUGUACUCAUGGUGGAACGAGAUAUGGCAAUGCAGGAUGUAGAAGAACAUAUCUCAGUCAAAGGGAUCUGCAAGCUCAUAUUAAUCAUCGUCAUAUAUCGGCGCCAUCUCAACCAGUCCAAGGGAUGCAAGUCGAUCCUCCGCAAUACGUACAUGCUAAAUCGGAGAUGGAGUCGCAAUUGACGAAGGUAUCCUCUGUGCCGAUGCAAAAUACACGACUCAAAUCCGUACAAUCUCACAUGGUUCAGCCGAUCAUGGGUAACGAUCCUCGCGUCAACUCGUUAGUGAGCCAACAGCCAGCGUUGGAGCAGCACCGGCAACAACACAGACAGCAACAGCAACAGCAGCAACAGGCGAUGAUGUCGAUGCAGAGUUAUGCGCAGAGCACCGCGCCGCCUCCGCCACCUCCGAGUAACGCCCCGAUGCGAACUAAUCUAAUUACCGUGCCGAUUCAAGACACGGCGUCCUUAGCCACGCAUGAUCUUCACGGACAACAGAGUCAUCAUUAUUAUCCGCCACCGCCGCCGCCUCCACCACCUCCCCAAGUAAAUUAUGGUUACAAUGUGCCACCGCCGGUGUCGCAGGCAACACAACAGUACUAUCCGCAGCCGCAGCAUCCGACCCAGGUGUCUUAUGUGCCACCACCGCCACCGCCGCAGCCGCAGCAGCAGCAAUACGUAUCAUCGACGGCGACCUCCAUAAGACCGUCGCCUGCUGGUUAUAUACAGGAACCCCAAUAUGGUCCGCUGCCGUCUCAGCAACAACCGCCACCGCCACCACAGCCACAGUGGUCGCAACAUCAACAGCAGUUUUAUAGAUAAAGAAAAAAAAGACUUUUAUGGAAUGCUGUGCAGUGUUGAUAAUAAUGUGUGAAUGAAUCGUAAAAAUAAGAGAUAUACUAUAUAUAUAACUAUAUACAUGUAUGUAUAGAAUGGAUGUGAUGUCAUCAACGAGAACUUGGUGCUCUUUACGAGAUUUUCUACUUUUAAAGAUUUUUAAAAUAUUAUUUAGUUUAAAGAAAUUUGAGAAGAAUUACUCUCAUAUGACACAAGCUCUAUGGUAAAAGAGCUCUAUGAUAAUUUAUUUUAAUUUCACAAUAAAAUAAAACUGAUUUAUUUUUAUUAUGACUCCUUCAAUUUGUUGAUAUUUGACUGAUGAAAUCAGUAUUGAUCUUUAUUAUACUUUAUCAAAUGAUUGCCGAUUAUCAAAUGAUAAUUGUUAUUAUAUUAAAAUAGUCAAAUUCAUAUAUUUAUUAUUUCAAAAGUUAUUAAAAUGUUAUAAUAGCAUAAAAUUUGGUGCAAAAUAUUAAUAGUGAGAUUACAUCUCUUAAUAAAAGCUAUGCGAAUCCUUUUGAAGUGUUUUUAGACGUAAUAAUACUAAAAAAUUCAAAAUAUGUUUAUACAUUAUUCAAGAAUUUUCCAAAUCUCUAACAUUUUCUUUUCGAUCAUAUCAGUUGUAAUACAUAUUGUGUGGUAAUGAAAUUAAGGAUAUUUCGUCGGUAGAAUUUAAUAUUGUACAGACUGUGUAACGAUUGUAACUUAUGUACAAAACUAAUGAUAUACAUACAACAUGUACAUAUACAUGUAAUAAUAAUAAUUAUUACAUUAUAUUCUCUUAAAACAUGCCUCGUAUGAAUUCAACAAGAAUUCAUCAGCCAUUCAACUAAUUUUGGCCUUCCAUUUUUCACAUUAAUAAAUAUUAAUUGACUAAAUACUUGUAAUAAAAGUACUUAAAAGAUUUGUCAAGGACGCUGCACAUGAAUAGAAGAUCAAAAUUGUUCAGAAUGCACUCGUACAUAAAGAUUUUUAUCACACCA